CAUCACUCGGCUAUGUCCCUACAGAGCCAUCUGGCCAUGCUGGGCUUCAGGAAUAAUUAUUGGGCAUGGAGUAUCCUUCUUCUGUGCAUUACCCUGCUGUCUCCUGCUGGGGCAUUUUGGCUCCUGGAUGUCCUUUUUCCUCCUGGUAUCACACCCAAAGUGGCUCUGAGCAACAACAGCUCUCCAGUGGUGCUGGUGCCCGGCUGCUUUGGAAAUCAAUUGGAAGCCAAAGUGGAUAAAGAGGAAGUUGUGAACUGGAUGUGCUAUCGGAAAACUGACGACUAUUUCACCAUCUGGCUGAACCUGAACAUGUUCCUUCCUCUCGGAAUAGACUGCUGGAUCGAUAACAUCAGAGUUGUUUAUAACAAGACGACGAGAACCGCUUCCAACGCACCCGGAGUCGAUAUCCAUGUCCCGGGGUUCGGAAAGACAUUUUCGGUGGAAUAUCUGGAUAAAAGCAAGUUAGCUGGUUAUUUUCACACCCUUGUACAGAAUCUGGUGAAUAACGGCUACGUGAGGGACGAGACCGUGCGGGCGGCACCUUAUGACUGGAGAAUCGCUCCCAAUGGACAGAAAGAAUACUUUGAGCGCCUGCAGAAGCUGGUGGAAGAGAUGCACACGGAGUAUGAGAAGCCGGUGUUCCUCGCCGGUCACAGUCUCGGGAACAUGUAUCUUCUCUACUUCCUCAAUCAUCAGCCUCCGGAGUGGAAGAAGAAAUAUAUCAAAGGAUUCAUCUCCCUCGGAGCGCCGUGGGGGGGGGCGGUGAAGCCGUUACUGGUGCUCAUGUCAGGUAAUCAGUGA